CUGCGCCAGCGGCCCUUUGAAGCUGAAGCCAGUCAAUUUCCCAAAUCCGCGCAUUCUAUUAGUUGGCUAUCUGAUUCUCUUGUUUUCUACGCGAUAUGCGUUGUCGCGGUACUGCAAUGACUCUGCUGUGGUCUUGGAUGCUUCAAAACGCGAUCGCUUGGUGUUGGUUCCGCGUCCGCGCCUACUACCAAGCAACAUGCACCUGCCCACCCCCUACGUGCACAAUCUACUGCGCUCUGAUCUGUUGCCUUGCUUUACUGUAUUUUAACGGUCGCAUAUGUUCAAGAAUCGUCGUCGCACGUGAAUUGAGCGAUUUAAUCUGCUUGCGACGCGGCUGCUAACACUGGUCGUCCAGUCAUCAUGCCUAAGGAAAAGACCACACGCAAGACCAAGGCCCGCGGUGAGGGUGGCAAGAGAAAGAAGGGU